CUUCCAGUGCCCGCUGCUGUGAUUGAUAUGAACUGGUCUCAGUGAGAAGAGCCUUGUUUUGUUUUGAGUUUGGACAUGAGAGGGCCUGAGGUUUUCUGUUUGAGACAAAAAAAUGACAUUUUAUUUGCAUAUUUUCUUUUGCUGCGGACGAUAAAGAUGAUUUUGUUGAAAAGAUAAAACAGAAGCGAGACAUGGCCUUGGAUUUCUUACACCGACUGACAAGAGGAGAGAGAGAACGCUGAAGAGAAGCCUCAAGAAAAACGGUCUCUAACAGACGAAGAGCAGAAACCGAUGAAUUAUCUUCUACAGGAACAAAAUUAUUUGGCACAUCUUUGAGUUCAGUUUAGAAGAACAAAAAGAGCAUUUUUGUUCACUAAAAUCCUUUUCAUGGUUAUUAUUUGGGUUAGUUUAAGUCCCAUGACGAUUAAAAUGUUUUUUUUUGCCUGUGAAGGAAUGGUUCCAGGAAUUCUUCUGACUUAAGUUAAAUAGAAAUUUUAAAAAAGUAUAGAUUUUGACCCAAAGAAAAUCAAGUUAAAACUUUUGUAAAACGUUAUUGCCUUUGUUAAAAAUGAAGUUCGGGAACACGUGUUGCACGCUGAAUGUCGGAGGCCGCAGGUUUUCUUUCUCUGCAGAGAUGAUGAAGCGUCUUCCCUUGAGCCGACUCAGUCGCCUGCAUCGCUGCGUGUCUGAGUCGGAGCUGCUGGAGCUCUGUGACGACUACGACCGCGACAGUAACGAGUUCUUCUUCGACCGCCACUCGGAGGCCUUCAGCUUCAUCAUGUUGUACGUUCAGCACGGAAAGCUACGCUUCGUGCCACAUAUGUGCGAGUUGUCCUUUUACAAUGAGAUGCUGUACUGGGGUUUGGAAAGUGCCGACCUGCAGCUGUGCUGCCAGCGCCGCCUGGACGAACGCAUGUCUGACUGCUUCGUCCACUUCUUCCCUGAGGAGGCGCCGCGGAGCCCGGAGGAACCCCGAAACCGCUGGCUAGAGAGGAUGCGGAGGACUUUCGAGGAACCCACUUCCUCAGUGGCAGCUCAAAUCCUGGCAUUUGUGUCAAUAUUGUUUGUGAUCGUUUCCAUGGUGAUGAUGUGUGCCAGCACGUUACCAGACUGGAAAUCUGCAGAGACUUUGGACCAGCACAGGGUAAUCGAAGCUGUGUGUAUCGGUUGGUUCACGGCAGAGUGUAUCAUCCGUUUCCUGGUGUCUCGUGACAAAUGUGAGUUUGUUCGUCGUCCCCUGAACAUCAUCGACCUGCUGGCCAUCACGCCGUACUACAUCUCUGUUACCGCGACCAUGCUGACGGGGGAAAACUCUCAGCUGCAGCGCGCUGGUGUUACACUGCGCGUCCUGCGCAUCAUGAGGAUCUUCUGGGUGAUCAAGCUGGCACGUCAUUUUAUGGGCCUGCAAACGUUGGGCGUGACGCUGAGACGCUGCUACCGUGAAAUGGUAAUGCUGCUGGUGUUCAUCUGUGUGGCCAUGGCCAUCUUCAGUGCCCUGGCCCAACUGCUGGAGCACGGCCUGGACCUGGAGGCGGGGAAUGAGGACUACGCCAGCAUCCCCGCCGCCUGCUGGUGGGUCAUCAUCUCCAUGACCACAGUGGGCUACGGUGACAUGUACCCUGUGACAGUGGCGGGCCGUGUGCUGGGUGGGGUCUGUGUGGUCAGCGGCAUUGUUCUGCUGGCGUUGCCCAUUACCUUCAUCUACCACAGCUUCGUCCAGUGCUACCAUGAGCUUAAGGUCCGCUCUGCUCGCUGCAGCCACAGCCUGUCCACAGACUUCAUCAACUGAUGACCACGGCGGCGGCCAACAUCGCUGUCAUCUGGUCAGCUGACCUCCAUCAACUUCUUUCAUAUCAUUUACAGCUGUGGUGGCAGUGGUGAUUAAGGAAGAGGACUUGGAUCUGGAAGGUUUCAGGUUCGAAGCCACCAGCAGCCAAUAGUGUAGUGGUUAGCAUGCCUGCCUCGGACACAGAGAGAACAGAGAGUCCUGGGUUCCAUUCCCAGAGAAACCACGUUUGGUAGCCUGUCUUCCCAAAUAUGGGAUCAAUAAAGCUCAAAUUAUUAUUACCACCGUUAAUCUACUGACCUCACCAACUGACCACAGUCACCCAACAACAUUCAAACGUUCUCCAUGGAUCACAGUCCACCGUCUCUAACCAAAGUCUACCAACUCCAUUCAAAGACAGCAGUUCUCCUACUUCAUCAUCUCAGUCUCAGCCAUCAGUUCCUCCACUGACCUCAGUCCUCUGACCUUUUAUUGUAUCAAGAACUGUCCAUUCUCCAGACUCCUGUUACUGCUGGUCUGAGAACAGGUGGUUGGCGAGAGUCCUUUCACUCUUCACUCACUCCUCGGAGGUGUUUGUUCUCAGCGUUUCAAUCACUGACCACAGUCCACCAACUUCCUCAUCCACUCUGGUCGAGGACCAAUUGUUCUCAGGAGUUUUACACUCGCGACAGUGAAGAAGCGUUAGUUCUGACUGAUCAUCUGCUGUGGUCAAACUGGACACGAGCGCAGUGUCCAGUGUUAGUCGACGACGGCGGAGGACGAUGUGGUGAUCUCAGAUCAGUGUUUGUUCAGGUCUGUCUCAGGUUUUUUUUUUUUUUUUGAAAACUCAGUCACCUAAAAAUAAUGAGGACCCAUAAAGAUGUGAAUGGAGCAGCUGCUGAUGUGUUUUGGUGUCUGUGUCAUCAGAGUAAAAAAUGUGUAAAUAAAGCAGAAA